CAAAAUGGCGGGUCAUCGACACCACGCUGGAUGCGAACACUCGAGUGCAGACAGCUCUCCAGAGCUUGGUAUAGAAUAUAGUUUAUUUAAUAAGAUUGAUAUUGAUCACGUGGAAUGUUUAAACGAAGAAGUCGAUGGUUCGGGAAAAUAUAUAUUUAAACCAUGGGAGAAGAGACUAGAUCUAGAAAAGUACGUAGACAGCGACGUCGACGAAGAAUUGCUGUUUAACAUUCCUUUCACCGGAAAUGUAAAGUUAAAAGGUAUUAUAGUAAUCGGAGGAGAAAACGGAAGCCACCCUUCCAAAAUGAGGCUAUUCAAAAAUAGGCCUCAUCUAUCAUUUGAUGACGUCGGUGCCACUCCGGAUCAAGAAUUUGAAUUAUAUCCCGAUCCCACGGGAACGUUAGAAUAUUCGACAAAGAUAGUAAAAUUUUCUAGUAUGUAUUAUCUUUCCAUACAUUUCCCAAAAAAUUUUGGAAGUGACAAAACAAGAAUAUAUUACAUAGGUUUACGAGGAGAAUUUUCAGAGGCUCAAAGGCAGGAGGUUGCCAUUUGCUCUUACGAAGCAGCUCCCAAUCCGGCCGAUCACAAGACAACUUUAUUCGAAAACGUUUCACGCGAAGUGCUUUAAACGUUUUUUUUUAAAAAAAUAAUAAUAACGUUUUUUGUAAUUUAUUUUCUUCUACUUUCAACGUUUGUCGCUGUAUAAAGCCGAAAGAAGGCAAAAACUGCGAGAUGUAAAUCUAUAAAUGAAUUUCUGAAUUAAAAAAAUUAUUAAUUUUUCUCAA